AUGAGGCUAACUUGGUACCUUUCGACAUCUUUCGUUGCCAAAUUUGCAAUACUUGCGGGUUUGUUGCUACGUGGGACAACCGGCACACCUUUUGCAAACAACCCGGUGACCAUUGUCUCCAGUGCGACGUCGCUUUCCCAUACCAGCCCUGCCUUUGGUGGCAUUGCCCCUGGUACGAAUUUGAGUGUCCUCACGUACGAGGUGCACGAAUACAAGGUCACCACGUUCCACAGCUCCAACAGUAGUUCUUCCACGAGCACAACUACAACAAAGAAUGGUGGCAAGACGAAAACCACGUCGGACAUUCAAAAACUGGAAAAACACUUUGGUACGCCCUUGGAGCUCAACGUGAACAACUUAGCUUCAGAUGCAGCGUACUACGUCAUGCCUUGGCCUAGUAGCUACUGGGCUAUUUACCUCGACGGUAUCAACUACCGUUGGAAGUCCGCUAGCGAUCUCAGUGCCACUGAGAAGUACGCCAGCGCCUUUGGUCUGGACCCAGAUGAUCUAAUGACGAGUGUCUCCAAGUCCACUGGCGUCGUGUCGAUGGCCGCGUCUAAAACCUCGUGCUGGACGAACUGGGACUGUGCUAGCAGACGCGAUGGCAGCGUCUGUGCUCGACGUGAUGGAGAGGCUCGAGGCUACUGCAUCCCGACCUGGUACGGCAUCUGUCACGCUUGGGCCCCAGCGGCUCUACUUGAACCCGAGCCAAACUGUGCUGUCGACUACAACGGCGUAACAUUUCAGCCUAUGGACAUCAAAGCUCUAUUGUCGGAAGUUUACGAUGGAGCGAACCUCGCAACAGUCUUCACAGGUGCACGAUUCUACGGCCCGGAUACCGGUAGUGGUGACGACACUGACGAGUAUGGGCGGUACACUGAUUCCUCACGUCGCGAUCUCGGGCCUGGCUUCAUGCACGUCGCUCUUGCCAACAUCAUUGGACGGUUCAACGCUUCCGUUGUCAUGGAUGUCACAGCUGGUGCGGAGGUGUGGAACCAGCCCAUUUACAGCUACAAGGUGCUCACUCAACGGGAAAUGACGCCAGGUGAUGCAGCCAACCAGUUCUUCCAAGUAUCAACGUACCCAUUCAACAGUGCAGCUCAACGGAUCAUGUACGUGGAGACCAGUGUGUCCUGGAUGGUCGAGACAUUCGAAGACGGAGGACUUGUACGUUCCGGUCAUGCGUCCAAGUAUGAGACCAGCAAGACAUACACAUAUCUGCUUGAACUGGACAACAACUACAAUAUUCUCGGUGGUGAGUGGGUAGAAGAAUCACAGUCGGAUCAUCCGGAUUUUCUCUGGUUCCCGAAAGCGCGUCCGGAUCUAAGUCUCGUCACGAAAGUAGGACUCAGUUAUCAGAACGUCCGGAUGCUACUCGACAUGGCUACAAAAUGUGCGUAA